CACUGCUUCUGUGUCUGUCCAUCGAUUGAAAAUGCUGUCUUGUGUCGGUCGUCGGGGUGCACUUCAACUUGCCAAAAGCCUGAUGUCGCAUCAAGCGUGGUAAACCAAGACAUACCAUGGAGGCACUCGAAGCAUCGACCGAUUAAUGGUGGCGCGUAGCGGGACUUUUCUGUGAUUUCGUUCAGCCAGCGAUAAUCGAUACAGAGGCGUCAAGAGCCAUCUUUCUUCCUCACCAUCACAAUGGCGGCAUUGUACUCAGAAUCCGCAGGCUCGACGAUGCCCGAGGCUUCCAAGUCGCCAACAAUCUGCGCUGCUGCCUCUUCCUCAGCUCGUGCCAACCUCCGUGGAUUCAUGUAUGGAGGGAUGCCACUAAUGUUGAUUCGAUGGACACCAAAAGACGGAUCGACAUGGCCAAGGUCAGUCUUGUCUCGCGAGAACAUGCCUGUCCCUUGUACGUCUUUGAUCACCUGAGCUGCCCGUCUCUUCUGUUGGUCUGUCAGGCCUUUGCCGACCUGUAUCUCAUGCUCGAUACCAUCCGCAUUUGGGGAGCCGCGGACGUCCUCUGUCUCUGGCGUCGUCCCCAUAAGGUGGUCAAGUCGCUCUCGAUCGAUUUCAGCAGGUACAAGGUCAGUUUCAGCCAGCUUGGCUGCCGCGAUAUGCUGUGUCUCAUUCGUAGGUGGCUGCGAUAAGGAGAUCGCAUCCUCAAGGCCCGUGAAUGCGACGAACCAGCCCAACACAUGGUUCCUUGGGAGGAUGACUCUCUUUGCCGAAAGAUUGUGGAGCUUCACGUACACACGACGGCCUGUCGUCACCUCCAUCACAUCCUUCUCUACCCGAAUGUAAGCUCCUCGGUGGUGUGUGAGCCCUGGAUGCUCCAACAAGCGUCCAACCUCUCCUAUUUGUCGUUCAGGUCCACUCAACCGCGCUCGCACCCAUGUCUCCUUGCCCGCUGGUAUGGGUGUCUUGGCUGUGACGACGAUCUGAGUUUUCGGCUUCCUUCGUUCCUGUCCGGGUGAGCUUGAUCUAACAAAACCUAUAGCUGUGACACUUACGCCAUCUGUGUCGUGCGCGUAUGGCUCAUGGAUGCUCAUAGGUGGCCAUUCCUGUCUCGAGGUCACACGUAUUUUGCCGAUUCGAUGAUCUACAAUGACCCUUCCCUCUCGGAUCGCCUUUCCCCCAAGCAAGACGAUAGCUUUGGGAUCGUCAAUGACACAGAAGUCAACAGUGAUAGGUCUCAUAGGCUGUCUCCCCUUAUCUGUUGCCACUCCUUCAGGCAAGAGGGCGAUUUGAGCGGCGCUAUCGAUCGCUACAUCACCGUGGUGCAGCAUGCUCAACUUCACACCCGUAAUUGGCUUCAUGACUAUCUCUCCGUUGCCCUCCCCACGCAGCUUCCUCAGCAUCCGUCGGCUUAUCACACUGAGGUCAGCACCCGUAUCAACAAGCACCUCACAUAACACCCCAUUCACCCUCAUCAGCACAUAUGUCUGCCAGCGUACAGUUCGCAAAAGCUCACUGUGGUUCGCCUCCUGCUUUCGUGCAUCUGUAGGAGCCCUAUUGCUUCCACCACAGACUGCAUUGACAUGCAGAGAGACUCCCUGACCACUCUCUCUCUUAUCAGCCACUGGUGGGCCCAGUGCUGCUACACCGACGGCAUGCGAAGAAGAAGGCGUCCCCUCUCUUCGCCUACCGUAAUCGACGACAUCCGAGGAAGAAGGCGUCCCCUCUUCUCGUCCGCCGCCAUCGGGGUUUUUGGCGGAGAUAGCCCCGACCAGCUCCAGCCCUUCGUCAGUUGUCUCGGUGGAUGCCCACACACCACCGGCAGUAUCCGAGUCGUAGCCCUUAUGUGAGACUCGCGCCAACCGACUGUCAUUACCAAUGUCCGCUGAUGCACCAGGGCGUGCCGUCAUGCACUGCCGCUUCGCCGAUGCACCCCAAGGACCUACCGACCUGGACUGCAAGUUCUCGCCCAGUCCGCAUCUGUCUGCGUCCCCCAGGCAAUCCCUUGGCCCAGGCGCCGGGAUAAACGUGUGGUCAGUAUCUCUCGUAUCAACAAUGUCGACAACUAUAUUGGAAUGGGGUUUCCUCUGUGCCUGUACACUCAGAGCGUCAACCGAGCCUGUCUCCUUCAAAAAUGAGCUCUUCAUCAAAGAAUGCGCAUGUAGGGCGUCGUCUGCCGAUGCUGUGUCCUCUCGCCCGCCCUGAAGCGGAGGACUCAUCCGUUUCCCAGCUGCGGGAGGUCAGGAGGAGGGAGCGCUUUAGCUUGAACAGUGUUUGCCCCUGUCAGUGUCGCUGCUUGCAUUUGCUCAGGGGAAGGCGUCCAUCCCUUCGGUCGCUUUCUACACCGGGCCCACUUGUGUCCAUAGAUGCCGCAGUAGAGACAUCUGCCUGGGAACUUUCCUGCCCACUUAUUAGUCCUCUUGUCUGGGUCUUGUGUCGCUGCUCUCUCUUCUCUUCUGUGUCUGCCCGACGCAUCGUGUUGUCCCUUCAGGUCAGCCACUUCCGCCUUGAGCUCAUUAAUGGAUGCAGUGAGAGAGUCCCGGCUCUCCGUCUCUUUCUGCUUGUCGAUGCCAUCUGCAGGUCUCCGACCGACCGCACCGAUCUCAAAUCGUGCACGUUUCGACGGUCUUGUCCUCUCGGCAUCGCUCUC